AUGCCAAUGCACCGUAACAAACCGCUGAUGCUGCAGCUAGGGAUCUGCGCAGGUACGGCGGGAGCCUAUGCGAUAGUCCGGACAAAUAAUAUAACCUACAUUGUCCUCCUCGGGUUUUCAAAUCUUCAAAACUUCAAAUUUCUGUUCUUCCCUGUACUGGUUAUUAUAUACUGCGGGGCAAUUUCAGGAAACCUUCUCAUCAUGGUAUUGUACAUAUUAAGUAAAACCCUUCAGUCUCCCAUGUACUUCUUCAUUACGCAGCUAUCAUUAUGUGACCUCCUGGUGACUAUGGACAUUGUCCCCAUCCUUCUUCAUACUGUACUGUAUAAUAGAACUACUAUGACUCUCAUCGGCUGCAUCACCCAGUUUUCAAUUUUUGGAGCCUCAGAGUCCUCAGAAUGUCUUUUUCUCUCAGUGAUGUCUUAUGAUCGUUAUCUGGCCAUCUGCAACCCCCUCCAUUAUCACUCCAUCAUGAACCAUAGGUUUUGCGUGACGUCGAUAAGUGUGAUUUGGUUGAUUGGUUCAAUGGUGACAUUAAUUGAUGUCAUUUCUAUGAGCAAUCUUCAUUUCUGUGGACCACACAUUAUUGACUACUUAUUCUGUGACCUUGAUCCCAUAAUGCAGCUCUCCUGCUCUGAUACAUCCAUACUUCAUAAAUGGGUCCUGACAUUGGGAUUUUUAGUUUUAAUUGCACCUUUCAUAAUAAUUGUGGUGUCCUAUGUGUACAUUGUCAUCACCGUUCUGAAGAUCCCAUCCAAUACUGGAAGACAUAAAGCCUUCUCCACCUGUAGCUCCCAUGUCAUUGUGGUUUCCUUAUUUUAUGGGACAUUAAUGAUUGUUUAUAUGUUUCCAACAAAAGGACAUUUGCUAUUAAUGAGUAAGGUCUUGUCUCUAAGUUAUACUGUGGUGACCCCACUGCUUAAUCCUAUUAUAUACACUCUGAGGAACAAGGAUUUUAAAGAAGCCUUUGAAAAACUUAAAGAAGCCAUCUCAUCUGAAGAACCGUGUUGGUAA